AUGCUUGAUGGCGAUUUCACUCCUGAUGCUCUAUCCUCCACAAACAACAUUCUCACCACCGUGUCAACCAGCCCAGUCGGUUCAGCCUCCUCUGAUAAAGUGAUGAACAGCGGCUCGCCUUUGCCGUUGCCAGAACCACGCAACCUAUUGGCUGAUCUUCUCGAGUAUACUUCAAUUAUCGUUCAGGACAUAAAAGAACCAUCUAGCUUGCUCUAUCCUUCACGAUGCCCAUAUCACUUUCAAAAGUAG